GGUAUUUACGUCAAAAACUUGAAUUUCUUGCCAGUUCUAUACCAGGAGCAAAGUGGGUUUUCUAUACCUCCUCGCUUUUCUGUAAUCCUAAUAUCGUAAUUCAUAAAAAUUGACGAGUUCGAGUAAUAUGCAGUUUCCAACUAUUCAAGAUCCAGUAUCAGGAUGCCAGAAACGAGAAGAGGAGGAGCAGAGCAACUUCUCCAUACCUCCUCCACGUUCCUGCAAUCCUCAUAGCAAAUCUUGUCUCAAUAAAGUUUGACGAUUUUACCAAGAGCAACUUGAU